UGCUCCUGCUGCUCCUGCUGCUCCUGCUGCUCCUGCUGCUCCUGCUGCUCCUGCUGCUCCUGCUGCUCCUGCUGCUCCUGCUGCUCGCGCUGCUGGAGCUGCUGAAGCUGGAACUGGAGCUGCUGCUGUAGCUGUCGCUUCUGAUGGAGUCGCUGCUGAACUUGCUGAACUUGCUGCUGUAUGUGGUGUUGCUUUUGGGCCUGCGUGAUGUGGGUAUUAUGAGCCACGACGCCACUGAUUUCGCGCUUAAUUGCUUGCGCCACGUCGGGGUGCUGGACAGCCGCCCGGAGCAGCAGGUCGCUGCGCGCCUCAAUGUCAAGAUUGGUGAUACAGUACUGCAGCUCUUGAACCAUUGACGUGUCUGUGCCAUAUGGCACUCUCCCAGCUUGCGGCUGCUGAGGGUACUGGGGUUGAUCAGACUGCGGUAGGUACUGAGCCUGCUGGUACUGAUGAGAAUACUGGGCGGCCUGGGCCUGAGCGUGAGCCUGAGCAUGGGC